GUUGCGUAGUCUUAAGGGCGGUAAGUGAAAGCGCGAUAGUACUGCCACAGUAGAGAACAAAGAAAGCGCAUAUAAAAACGAAGCAACAACAAGAUGGAAAUUUGUAAUUGACAUUUUGUUAAUACCAAGAAAAAUAAGCAUGUACGACGUCACAAUGGGUCGCCAAGGUUCAUCUUCGUUCUUUCUCUUUGCGGCUGCCGUGACUAAUCUACCCAGAAGUGUUGCCGCAGACUCUCCCGCCACGACUUCUAAGCCUACUCGGUGUCUUCUGCAAUGGUUCCGCACCGGGCGGCCCUUAACCAUAGAAACUUGUCCUGAUUAUCAUGCAUACGGCGAAGCUUCUAGCGCAGAGCAUUGUUGUCACGCUGGCCGUGAUGUCCCUGACGAAUGCGAUGUGCGGUACAGAUUCAAAAUACAUGACAAACAUCUUUCUCGUGCGAACGCUGCGCACCACUGCUGCGAUGUCGCUAAAGAGAAAGUAGUUAAGACCACGAACAUGAUUGAUAGUAAGUCACAAAUAAGCUCUGUAGAUGGAAGAAGUAAAGCUAAAGCUAGGACUGCAACACGGUCACGGAGCAAUCACAUGACAGUCCAUAAGAACUUGCGUAACAAGGACCUUGAGGCAUCAUAGAUACUGCGAAGGACAACUAAGAGGAGUAGUAGAUAGAGAGAGAGACUAGCUCGACAACAACAAACCAAAAAAUUGUCUGACUCUUCUAAAAACUGUAUCUCAUGGAGCUUUGUCGCUACGAAAUACGGUUGUCAGACCACUCACUCUUGGUUCGACUGGUCCGGACGAUCGCCGUGUUUGGCAGAGUGGUGGGACACCAACGCAAAGAAGGAAGUUCUUUUAUGAGUUGUGUAAUCGCGAAAGAAGGGACUUUUUAGGCACAAAAGUCAUCAUCCGGUAUGUUCUAGAAGUAGUGAGUCGCUUUUCUUCGACAUGCUAGAAGUCGUAUUCUUCCGAACAUUAUAGCGUAGUGGUGAACGAAGUGAAGCAUCAGAGUCGCCAUUCUAACAACGGGUGAGGGCAUCCAUUAUUUUUCGUCUAAUUUCUCAUCCGACCGAGUACGUCGACAGCGCUGGCCAGCGUGUACCUACGGAUGGGCGCGUCACGGUAGUGCCGAAUGUAUGCAGUUAAGAUGGCAGUUAUGAUGAUGAGAAUUUAGAUGUGCACCCAUGACAUCAACAGCCAAGAGUCGGUCAUGUCUAGUAGAAAAACUGUGACGCAAGACGACUUAGAGAUUACAUUAUCCUUGGACAUCUCAAAAAAUUUUCCUCUAAUCCCUAGACAUCCACCCUUAUCCAGACCAGCAACUAUGGGCUAGCAGCGUAGGUAGCGAUGAAAAAUAUCGCGAAGUGAUGGACCACAAAGUGAGCGGUUUCAAGCUGAAGACGCUUGUUGACCACUGUUGCGCCAUAUUGUACGUGCCGGACAACUGUGACGUGCGAUAUAGGUGCUAAGCCCAUGUAGUUGGUGUUAUACAAAGUGCUUGGCUUUGGUGAUCAUCUUCUACUAUGUAUAAGAAUCCUUUCAACUACGCCUGAAAAAUCUAUCGCUCGCCUGCCUAGUUGAUGCUUACAUCCUCCUGAAUUCGUACUGAUGCAUGUAGUAAUGUAUGGCCUAGAUUCAAAUUACCCCCAACAAAACCUCGUUACAGGUUAAACUAUCACGACAAGAUGUUCAAAGAGAUGGAGCAGAAAAACGAUCAUUUCUGUUGUCUCUCGGAAGACUUGUUCGUCGCCAGGGCUUACGGCUGUAUGCACUAUGGUUCAGGUUUGCUGAUGAAGUGGGAACCAGAUGCGGAGUCUUUGCAUUAAGAUGGCUGUUGAUAAUGUACCUAUUGCUGUGAGAAUCUACCUAUUAAUCGAUGUGAUUCUUCGGUGAUAAUGAUGAUGUUCAUCUUCAUUACCACCCCUUGAUCGAUGUGAGUGAUAUGUAUCAACCAAAUGAGUCGAUAGUGUACUUCUUGAUUGAUGUGAGCGUUAUCAAUAAAGUUCUAUGCGCUUUGAUGUAGACUCAAUAUCAGAUUCGUUCAUUAUUGCGACCACAAGCAUGCAUUGACAUUGCCAUCACUUCUAACUCCAUGUCGGUUUAACAGACUUGUUUUCGAUAAUACAGCGACCGAUAUUGGAACAACUAUGGACUACUCCUGACGCAGCCACGACGACGAGUACUGCAAUAAGCACCGGCAAUAGAACAAAUUCACCACAAACAUCGGCAAAAGAUUAAAGCUUCCACCAAUUCAUCUUGCGAAGUGUAUCUUUGACAACGUCUUUUCAAGAGGAAAAAAGGUCAAGAUGCAUUUAGUUAAGGAUGAAUAUUUCGUAGGUCUAAAUCUAAAGAGACGACAAGACGUCCUCAAGUGCAAAGCUGACGACUAUAGCUGAGAUGCUCGCGAAAUGCACCCCCACGCCGUACGAGCUGCACCGUUGCGAAAGCCGUUGUGCGUAUUUAUUUACUCAUCCCGUUCUUUUGUACUUCAGCAGGAAGCUAACUAUUACUAUUUUUACCGUGGACAAAGUCCCUAGGUCAAACUGAAUGAAAUGAAGGUGGAAGAAGAUACGGCUAUGCAUCUAUAAGAAUCCGCUAUGCAUCUAUAUAUAAGAAUACGACUUUUUAAGAAAGUAUCUUCUUUCAUGAUCGUACACAUGAUCAGCUAUUCAACCUGGGGUCUGGCUCUGGCGGACAUCUGGGGAUACGUGAAGCUUGAGUGGAAGAGUCCGGGAAUGCUGUAUGGUGCGACCACUGAUGAAACUUGGUGGUAUCUCACAGAACUCCGCGAACGCGCUCCACCGGAUGAGGUAUGUCUCGCAGUCCUAGCGCGAGUGCAAUCGCUUUGUCGAGCGGGGUUAAGCGACAAUGUGAAUUUAGGGUUUAGGGUUUAGGGUGCGUUGUUUUUCACUUUUGGACAGCGAGUUUAAGUUUUUCUUUUUCUUGUAUUAGGAGGCGCGAUAUUCGGAGGCGCGAUAAUCUGUUCCGUAACAAGUUUAAGUUUUUUUACGAACAUUGAUAAUAUCGCCGUUCUCCUCUACGAACAAUUGAUAUUGUUGCUGUAAUGGAUGUGCACUUUCCUUCACCCAACAUCUCUAAUAAACGGCCGCAUCGAAAACCAGUGUGAUGCCCAUCUAGCCGCAAAAAUGCUGUACACGCCAGUUUCGCGGCUCACAAUUGAAGGACCUAUGAGGUGAAGGGCUGAGUGUGAAACUGUUGUGCCUGUUGUGAAUGUAGCAGUUCUCAAAGGAUUCUACGCGAGUAUAUUACUAUUAUGAGUGCAUAUUGGUUGUUCCCAAAUCCCAAUUCUAUUCCUUUGUUCUUGAUUUGAAUUACUUAGCUACUCCUAGUCGCUGACUUCGGUCGCAACCCCGUUGUCGCGGACUCUGCCGCAGAAG